AUGUGGCCGCGGUUUCUCUCGCGUCUGCGAGAGACAUUUUCGUUGGAUUCUGAUGUAGCUCAAGGCGAGCAGUUAAUGGCAUUGGUACAAACCCAUGCAGUACGAACACCAACAUUACAACCAGCCGAGUUGCAGAGGCUACGACAAGCUGUUGAUGCCUUCCCACCCCGCCCAAUCGCGGAUUUCCUGUUGUCCGUGUGCAUCGACCACGGGACAGAUGCAUUCUUCUACUUCAACCAGGCUCAAUUUUUGGCUGAAGUCGAUGAGUUUUAUACCAAUCCCACGUCUCGGCUUAGACGUGACUGUAGCUUUGUCUGCCUCGCCCAUGCCGCCUUCGCAUUGGGUAGUCAGUGGACAACCCUCGCCAAACCAGACGGGUCAAGAUCUAACCUCAACACCGACGACAGCGAUCCUGGCAGGAUAUUCUACAACCAAGCACGAUCGCUGAUCCCGGAUGUGAUAGACUUCCCAGGUCUACGAUCUGUACAGGCUCCUUUUGUAUUAGGGGUCUAUCUUCUGCCCGCUAGUGCCAUUGGCUCAUCCUACAUCUACCUUGGACUGGCGCUCAGGAAAGCUCUAGCAAUGGACUUGCAUUUAAACACAGAUGAGCUCAACCUGAGUGAAGAGGAAAAAGAGAUUCGUCGAAGAGUAUGGUGGUCCAUCUACUCGUUAGAACGUUCCUCAACUGUAAAGCUUAAUCGGCCAAGGUCAAUCAAUACGUCAAUCAUUACGGUCUCCCUUCCAAAGCCAUGUCCACCCCUUGACAACAUUCAAAGAUUCAAUAACAUUGAGCACCAGAUUGCAGAUGCUAGGCUAAUGAUGAUCCUGGAUAAAGUCGCUGAGCCUUUGGAAUGGUCCGCAACCCAAAGUCUGCCGAUUCAACUUGAAUCUGAUCUCAAGGCAUGGAAACGGUCGUUACCAGCGUCUCUGAAGCUGCAAAAUAUGCUACCGCAAUCCCCAUGCUACCGGGCAACAUUUCAUCUCUAUUCCAAUUACUACUUUUCUUGGAUUGCUAUGGGGAAAGUGAGCGUGGUCACGGUCGUGAAAGCUCGGCUGCGUCACCACUUCCGGCGAGAGUCCCAACCGCCCCAGCUUGGCGAGCAUAUUGGAGUAUUGGCCAACUCUUGUAUCAAAGCUGCCAAGAAAAUGCUGCUCCUAUUCGAAGAUCUCCGUCGAACGGCUGGGAUUCUUGAACGAGAUGCCAACUAUGAGAGGCAAGUCGCAUUCGGCUUGGACUGCCUGAGUAAAAUGGCCGAAGGAAACGUGGCGGCAAAGAUGGGUGUCAGCUUCGUUGAGGCUCUGCAAUCUAUUGCCGACGAGGCUGUGGACAAGUUGAGUGAAACAGAAACAUUCUCGAAUUCGCCAAGGUCGAGGAUGCCGCUGAGUACGUCAGACUACAACAGCUGGCUAAACUGGCUAUCGCAACAGAACACUUCAUCUAAUAAAACGACACAAGUGCCCUCUCAGUCAAAUCCUGUCGAUACCUUACUACCCACGCCAACCGCGGGUCCAUGGCCAACGGCCCAGCUGACGACAGCAGGUUUGACCACCUGGGAUGGAGUAGCAGCUCUCCAGCAGCUAUCAGUGCCGCCUAUGGAAACAACCAACCUCGACCAAGGAAAUCAGCCGCCUUCGUAUGGGUCUCAGAACAUCUACCCCGAUUUCACAGCACCGCUCUAUAAUGAUGACCAGACGUUCCUCAUGGGGUUGACAGGUUUCGAUGUUCUGGGGUUCACUGACGGGCAAGAUGGAGGAUUUUGA